CGUUGAAGGAGCGCAUGGAGGCGGACAUAGACGACGUGCUCAAGGUGGCGCAGGCCAUCAAGCGCCAGAUCGAAGCCCUCGACCGAGCGAACUUGGAGAGCAGGAAGACGCCAGGGUGUGAGGAGGGCACGGGCACGGACCGCACUCGCAUGUCCAUCACCACGACGAUGAAGAGGAAGCUCAAGGAGCUCAUGAACGAGUUCCAGGACCUGCGCAGCAAGUUCCAGAGCGAGUAUCGGGAGGUGGUGGAGCGCCGCUACUACACAGUGACUGGCAAGCGCGCUGACUCGGAGACCAUAGACACGCUGAUAGAGACGGGUGACAGCGAGUCCAUCUUCCAGAAGGCCAUUCAGGAGCAGGGCCGCGGCCAGCUGAUGGACACGCUAGCGGAGAUCCAGGAGCGGCACAGCGCAGUGCAGGACAUUGAGAAGCAGCUGCUCGAGCUGCACCAGAUAUUCAUGGACAUGGCGGUGUUGGUGGAGUCACAGGGCGAGUUGUUGGACAACAUAGAGGUGCAGGUGGGGCAGGCCGUGGACCACGUGCAGCACGGCACCAAGCAGCUCGUGGAGGCGCGCAAGACCCAGCUCAACACACGCAAGUGGAUAUGCUGUGGCAUCAUCCUAGUGAUCGUGAUCAUAGUGGUCAUCAUAAUAGUCGUGUCGUCACUCAGCAAGUUGCGUCUUCUAGUCGCUGAACUCGCAGCUAAAAGGAGGCGUUGCAAGGCGAUUACUGGGUUAAGCGUUGCUAAUCACCACCGCAACCCCGUCCGUGCCGUCCUGCUUCCGCUCUCGUUACCACCGCACAUGGCGGCGGGCGGCGCAGGAUCCUCGGAUCGGCCGGUUCCCCGCGAGGAUUCUCCUCCGGACGGCGGCGAUGGCGGAGGAGAGGGCGGCGGAGCUUUGCAAGGCGGCGGCAGCGGCGACGGCGCGGAAUCGGGCGCGCCCGAUUACAUCCGCCUGACGGCGGCGCACGCGGGGGAGGACAGCGGCGGGGUGGACGAGGGCGACCCCGCGGACUCCCCCGAUCGGCGCGCGGCGGGCGGCGGGGAGGAAGAGGAGGACGACGGCGAGGGCGCAGGCAUGGCGUACCACGAGAGGGGCGCGGGGGGCGGGGAUUGGGAGGGCGUGGCUGCGGGGGAGCUGGAGUCGCAUGAACCGGACCGCGACGACCGGCACCGCGCGCGUGGCGCUGCUGCGGGGGGAGGCGGGAACGGCGGAGAUUUCGGCGGGGAUCACGGCGAGGCGGAGGUGGAGGAUGGUUACUACGGGGGAGAUGAUGGCGGAGCGGAUCGAUGGGGGCCGGGGGCGGAGGCGGAAGGAGACGCGGAGCGGGAAGGGGAGGGGGAAGACAGGUGGGUGGAACAGGGGGAGGCGGACGACAAUGAUCAGGAGAUGGGGGGAGGCGCGGACGAUGAUGGCGGUGGCGCUGAGGGAAGCGGGGGCGGGGGAGCGGGCGGGGGGGAUGUGAUCGAGGGGGGAAUGGACGGGGACGACGGGGGAGAGGAAGGGGAGGUGGUGGGCGGAGGAGAGGAGGACGAUGGGGGCGUGGACGAGGAGAGAGACGCGCGACGGGAGGGAGGAGUGCGCGCGGCGAGAGGGGGGCGGGGGGGCGAAGCGGGAGAGAGCAGCGGGGAGGAGGAAGCGGGGGUGGCGCAAGGGGAGGGAGAGGCGGAGCAAGGCAGGUGGGGGGAAAGGGAGCGAGCGGCGGGAGGGGAGGGGGAGGAGGCGGAGGGGGAGGAUGAAUCAGACGAUGACCGGGACUGGGUAGGAGAGGAGGAGGAAGAGGACGGGUCCGAUGGAGGGGGGGAGGGCGAAGAAGAAGGAGAGGAGGUGGAGCACGAGGAGGGGGAGGAGGGUGAGAGCGAGGGGUACGAGGAAGGAGAGGCGUACGGGGGAGGCGAAGGCGAGGGGGAGGAGGAUGAUGAGGUGCAAGAGGCGGAGGGGAGGGGCGGAGGUGAGGAGGAGGAGGAAGACGAGGAGGAGGAGGGAGGUGGCGAAGGGGAGGCGGAGGAAGGCGAGGAGGAGCAAUGGGGGGGGCGCGGGGGGUGUUAUGUUGUAUCAGGGGACAGGGCGGGCGUGGGGAGGGGAGCGAGCAGGCAAGCCGUGCAUAUUGACCUGGAUGAUGACGAGGACGAGGAGGGCGAGGAGGGCGAGGGCGGGCAGAGAGCGGAGGGUGUGUGUGAUGGGGUGAGGGAAGUGAGCGUGAGAAUAAUGGAGCCUGGUGAGGAGGAAGGGGAGGACGAGGAGGAGGAGAGUGCAGGAGAGGGGGAAGGGCAGGGAGGGGCAGAAGGCGUGGAGGCAGCAGGGGGGAUGGGUGGCGAGGGGGGCAUGGAGGUGGAUGGCGCGUGGGGUAGUGAUGUUGGGGACGCGGAGGGGGCAGGGUUUGAGGAGUUUCUGGGGGAGAUGGCGAGGGGGAGUGGCGGAGAUGGGGAAGGGGGGGCGCAAGGGGGAGACGAGGCAGGGUUGGUACGCAUGAGUGGGGAAGGAGCAGCAGCGGUGGAGGAGUUGGAGGGUGUGGAGGGCGGUGGUGAGGAUGGGUGGGGUGGUGACGAGCAGAUGGCAGCGUGGGAUGGUGCGGCAGGUGGGGGCGAGGCACUAGUGCUGGCCGAAGCGGCAGCGCCAGCGGCAGCAGCGGCAGUCGCAGCAGUGCCAGUGGCGGCACGUGGUGGUGACGAGUCUGCUGCUCUCACUGCUGCUGCUGCUGCUGCUGCUGCUGCUUCCCUGGCGCCCGGUGAAUCCCUGGAAGACGGUGUCAAAGCAGGUGCCUCUGGUGCUGAGGCGGGUGGCUCUGGUGUGGGGGGCGCACCUGAAUCAGUGGCUGCUGAUGGCCACGGCUUGCCAGGCAAGGCCCCUGCCAUUCUGGCAGCAGCGGCAGGAGAAACAGGAGCAGUAUCAACAGAAGGAGCAGGAGCAUCAGCAGCAGAGGCAGAGGCGAGUCUUUCUGGUCUGCGGCCUCCCCUCCUCGUGUCACACAUAUUUCCGUCACUCACUUCUCUUUGUUUUGUCCCAUGUCCACUUCUGUCCUUCCUGUUGCUGUGGCUGCCCCCCAUGUGUGCUGCGUGGCCUGGAGCACCAGAGGAGCAGUGUGCGCGGCUGCAGCAGCAGGUGGCAUCUCUGGAGCGAGAGGCGGUGGCGGUGAGGGAGAGCGGCAAGGAGAGGGAGGAGCAGAGGAGGCGCGCAGCAGAGAGGGCGGAGGAGAGCAUCCGAGUGCAGAUGAAGCGGUGCCAUGAGCUCGAGCUGCAAGUGUUGCACCUCACGAAGCGGAGCACAGAGGCUGAGGCGAGAGCAGCAGCAGCAGAGGCGCGGGCGGUAGCAGCGGAGGCAAGGCAUGCGAGGGCGGAGGAGGAGGUGCGCGCGGUGCAGGCGGCACGGGAGCGGGAGGUGGCGGGGGUGCGCGCACACAUGGAGGGGGAGAUAGCGCGACUGGAGGCUGAGGUGCGCAUGGGAGUGAGUCGCAUGGAGGCGAUGGGGGUGGAGAUGGAGUCACUGGAGGACGAGGCAGAUGCUCUCAGGGCGCAGCAUGCUGAGGCGGUGAGGGAGGCGGCGGAUGUGAGGUGUGAGUUGGAGCGUGUGAGGGGCGAGGGCGGGCUGGGGAAGUCGACCUCGGCUGUGGAGGCCCAUGCGCUGCUGGCCCGCCUGCAAGAGGACAACCGCCGACUGGUGCUGUGGGGGGGAAAGGGGAGGAGGGGAAGGAGGGAUGAUGGGCAAGGAGCAUGUGGGCGCUGGCGCACCCUGCUGCACUCGCCCGCCCUUCACCUCGCCGCCUCUGCCCUGGUUCCCCAUGGGACCAGGGGGACCAAGGCGGAGGGCGCAGAGGAGGCACGGGAAGGAGUGGCUGUGGCGGGGCAGGGAGCAGAUGAGGUAGCAGGGAGUGGAGGCGGUGGUGGUGAGGGGACGGGGGGAGGCAGGGAAUAUGGGCCUGAAGAUGUGGUUGCUGCCAUUGGGAAGCUGCAGAGUGCGGCGCUGUGUGCGAUGGCAGAGGCGGGCGAGGCAGCAGCGCAGGUGGUGCCGCUGAGAGCAGCGGUGGCAGCAGCAGAGAGGGCAGCGCAGGAGGCGAGGGCAGGGGAGAGCGAUGCGAGGCGGCAGCUGGUGCAGUUGCAGGGGCAGCUGGAUGGCAAGGACUCCGAGAUGGCAGUGGUGGUGCGGGAGAGGGACUCACUGCGCUGCAUGCUGCAGUCGUACGACGACGAGGAGCAGGUGGUAGCGCACUGGCUCACCACCCCCCGCACACCGCUGCCACAAGAACCUGUGCCACCUGCCAUGCCGCUUGCGCCGCAUGCUGCUGCUGCUGGCACUGCCGAUUGUGGUGGUGACGGUGAUGGUGCUGGUGCAGAGAGAGUGGACGGGAGGUUGGUGACAGUGACGGUGCCUGGUGCUGCGGAGGGGGGAAGGGUCCUUGCCGUGCCCUCUGCACCGCAUGCUGCAAAGAAGAGGCGCCUGGAGGAGGUGGAGCGGGCGCUGCAUGUGGAGAGGGGCGAGGUGCAGAGCAGGGAGGUGGCGCUACGGGGAGUGGCAGCGGAGAGGGACCGACUGCAGCAGGAGGUGGAGCGCCUGAAGGGAGAGGUGGAGAGGGAGGUGGCGAAGAGAAGGGACGCCGAGGCAGAGCUGCAGGCGCGUGGGCGGUAG